AUGCCCGAGUUUAUCAGUGUCACCUUUCCUAACGCCUCAACCGAGCUGAACCCCAUCCCCAAUGCAUCCAUCGAUCCCGAAUACCUCAUUCGCUAUGCCCGCACUCUAGAUGACUACGGAUACAACUAUACCCUAGUACCGUAUGGUUCAUCCUCAUACGAUCCCUUCACCAUCGGCGCGACCAUUCUUUCUGCGACUAAGAAUGUGAAGGUCAUCAUUGCUCUGCGCCCAAACACACUGUACCCCACCGUGGCAGCCAAAGCACUAGCAACCCUCUCCCAACUAGGCUCCGGUCGUGUCGUGGUGCACUUCAUCGCCGGUGGAAGUGACGCAGAGCAAGCCAAAGAAGGAGAUUUCUUAACAAAAGACCAGCGGUACGGCAGACUAGAAGAGUAUAUCAAGAUCCUGCGCCGCGCCUGGGAAUCCAACGAACCAUUCGACUGGGAAGGCCAGUACUAUCAAUUCAAGCAAUUCAACAACGAUGUCCGACCAACCGCCAAGAUCGAAGUGUCCGUGGGCGGCUCCUCGGAUGAGGCAUACCGGAUCGGAGGCUCACUGGGCGAUAUCUUCGGGUUGUGGGGCGAGCCGUUGAAGGAGACCAAGGAGCAGAUCGAUCGCAUCUAUGCCGAAGCUGCCAAGGCCGGCCGUGCAGACAAUGAUAGACCUCGUAUCUGGGUGACAUUCCGUCCUAUCCUCGCCGAAACGGAUGAUCUGGCUUGGGCAAAGGCGCACCGCACCCUGGAUGCGUUGACAAAGCAUCGUGCAAAUGGUCAAGGCAAGGUCCCUGCUAAUGCGCCGCCGCCGCAGAAUGUUGGAUCGCAGCGUCUGCUUGAUAUUGCCGCCCGUGGGGAGGUGCAGGAUCGUGCGCUUUGGUAUCCUACCGUUACCGCCACCAAUGCCCGCGGCGCGUCGACUGCUUUGGUGGGAUCGCCGCAGACUAUCACUGAUUCACUGAUCGACUAUGUUGAUCUGGGUGCUGAUCUGAUCUCUGUUCGUGGUUAUGAUAAUCUGAAUGACGCUAUCGAUUAUGGUCGCUUUGUGCUUCCUAAGGUGCGUCAGAUUUUGGAAGAGCGGGAGAAUGGGGCUUCAGUUUGA